UGAAGCCGCAUCGAAUUGCCACUUGUGUGUAAAAAGCCUCUUCGACCCUGUCUUCUCCGUAACUUUCAACCUUCUCCACAUUUUAGAAACAAAAUUCCUUUAACGAUUUUAUUUUCCAGGAAAAUUAUGUUCUCUGCAAUGAUUUCAACCGCUUUACUCUUAAAUGACAUUGAAUUAAAAACCGCGCCGAAAUCAAUAGUUUAAUUUGGUGAGAAACGAAACUGGCGUUCAGCUUUCAUUCCAAGAAAAGAAAAUCGCGAUUGGAAAAAUCGUUAGCGUCUUGAUUAGCAGCAGAAAGUUUUUGGCGUAACCGCUUCGUGUUUUUCGUCUUUGAAAUGCAGGAAUAGGUGAUGGAAAAUGCGUGGAGCAACAGCAAGAUGAAGGUCCUGAAGCUGAGGACUUUGCACGAAAAUGUUCCACCGUUGCAGAUCGAGUUGGAUGACAGAAGAGGACGCUAUCUCCAACCAACGACUAUGAGUCCACGAUUUCAACCGUACACCGAGAACAUCGACGUCGGCUCGCCGUUCGCGCGCUACUUCUUCGCCGGAUCUCCACUUUCCGGGAAGGUCGCGCCCGCCGGCGAAGCCUUCACUCCUCCGACGUUUGGCUCCAGCAAGUACAGGACUGCAAAAGUGCAGCCGUACUGCGGCAACAGUUCGGGGAGCAGUAGCUUCGGUUCUCGCGGUAGAUUGUCGCCCUCGCCGCUUUCGUCAAUUGAGAACUUGGAGAUCGCGUCGCUCGUGUCGCCGUCGAUGUACAGAACGCCGGUAAAGGGGGACGAUGACGUUAUCGUGAUGGAUGAUAUUCUGGUGAGGCCAAUGUCGGGAGGAAAGAACGGAAGGUCAUCAUCUUCCUCCGGCCGGGGUUCGUCCUCAUCGUCGUCGACGUCGAAGAGCGUGUUGAAGACGGAGAUUUGCAGGGCGUGGGAGGAAACUGGAAACUGCCGCUACGACUCCAAAUGCCAGUUUGCACACGGGAAAGAAGAGCUUCAUCCAAGUCGUCCCUCCAUGAAGAGCAAAUCUGGGGCCCAGACUAGCAAAUCAUCUAUUAGAGCAGGAUCCAGCUUGUACGGCCCAAGCAGUCGAAUUGUUCGUCAGCAGGGUGCAGUAGCUGAAUAUGUCCGUAUGACAUUGUCCCAACCAACUUCACCUGAUCUUCAUCAUAGCCGAGCCAAUUUCAAGACUUUAAAUGACUGGUCACCCGUGGAUGAUGGUAUUGAGGUUUUCCUCCCAUCAAAUGGUUCAGAUAAAACUCCAUCUAGGGAAGAGGUUAAUGCAUACAUUUCCAGUAUUCCCCAUGGCGUGACUGCUAAAAGGAGACUACCAGUAUUUGCAGCACUUUGCCUGGGGCAACGAUCCCCAUGAAUGAUAAAAUGUCUCUUCACUGAUGGAUCUUACUCUGAAAAAUUCAAAGCUCUAUUUUUCUUCGGCCAAUUGAAAAUUUUUCCCAAUUUUUAAAUAAAUAAAAUCUUGGUUGGAUUUACACAUACAUUUCGGAA